CUCGAACCUAUGUAGCAGCAUUGAAGGCUUGUAGCCGUCUGGCAGCGAUGGAAGGCAGCAGUGCAAUGGACGGUAAGGCUGUCAAGACUUGUAUGUGGCGAGCAUUCUUAUAGAUGCGUACGCCAACUCCGGAAGCUUGGUAGACGCUGGAAGAGUCUUCGACUCGAUGGGGUGCCGGAACGUUGUGUCGUGGAAUUCACUCAUACUGGGGCAUGCUGAGAACGGUGAAGAAGAUGUCGCUUUGAAGUUACUUGAGUGGAUGCUGUGCAACAACUCUUGCAAGCCGGACGGUCGGACAUUCCUUGCUGCAGUGAAGGCUUGCACAAAUCUGGCAGUGAAGGAAGCGGUUCGUGAAAGCGACGAGACAGUCGCCAAAGUUCUCUCUUUGGAAAAGGGCCUGGCAGUGCAUCUUCAGCUGACAAGGUGUUGCAAAGACCAAGACGACAUCUUCAUUGCCAACGCACUUGUCGACAUGUACGCAAAGUGUGGGAGCUUGGCGGAUUCUGAGAGGGUCUUUUACGGCAUGAAGAAUCUCACGGUCGUGACUUGGACUUCGCUGAUGCUCGGUUACGUUGACAAUGGCCGACAGGAACUGGCCUUGGAGCUGUUUGUGUCAAUGGCAAACCUUGGAGCUGUUUGUCCACCCAAUGCCAGGACCUUUGUGGCAGUACUCAAGGCUUGCACGGGCAUGGCAGAGAAAGAGGAGGUGACAGUGGUGAACGACAAGUCUUACAAGCAGCUCUCUCUGGAAAAAGGACUGGCUCUUCACUCGGAAGCUGCGAGACGUGGCUGUGACAUCGAAGUGUUCGUCGCAAACACCUUGGUUGACAUGUACUCCAAGUGCGGGAGCUUGGAGGACGCAAGCAGGGUGUUUUACCGGAUGCCACACCGGAACGUGGUGACGUACACGGCGCUGAUAACAGGUUUCUCCGAGACUGGUGAAGCGAAGCUCGCUCUCGAGCUGUUUUCGCUCAUGAAACGAGACGGAGGCUGCGUUCCGGACAGUAAAGCUUUUGCGGCUGUGCUCAAGGCCUGCGGCGGUGCCGUCGACUUGCAAAUGGCGAGAGAGGCUCACGCAGCUGCUUGCAGGCGUGGCCUCGAGAGCGAUCGACUUGUAGCCAACUCCGUGGUAGACACGUACGUGACUUGGACUGCUCUUAUUGCUGGAUAUGCCCGUCAAGGCGACACCGAUCGAGUACUGGCACUUUUCCAUGAGAUGGAAACAGCGGGGUCCCGACCAAACGGUACGACUUUUGUGUCUUUGUUGGCCGCGUUCAGUCGUGCGGGGCUUGUUGACUCUGGGAAACUUUGCUUUCAGGCAAUGCGUUCUCGGUACGGGGUUGAUCCGGGCAUGGAGCACUAUCUGUGCAUGGUGGAUUUGCUCGCACGGGCCAACUUAGUGGAAGCUGCCGUGGAGACUCUGGAGCGAAUGCCAUUCAAACCCGAGGCGCUGGCUUGGAGAACAGUCCUGGGCGCGUGUCAAGAUGGAAACUUCGGAGCCGGGAAGAUUGCUUUCGAGUCACUGGUGGGAGCCAAAGGAGAUCACGCGGCUGCUUACGAUUUGAUGGCGAACAUCCACAGCUGCCUGGCGAGAUCUCUGCACCGGUGA